AUGAGCAAUUCAACAGACCCUUCCGACUACUGCACACUGGACAUCUGUCCAAUCACCGAGGCAUACGUCUACUACGUUCCCUCGCUGGCCGGAAAUGCCUUCUAUGCCGCUAUUUUUGCACUUAUGCUGGCAGCGCAGCUGGUGCUGGGCAUUCGAUAUAGAACUUGGGGCUAUCUAGCUGGUUUAUUCGGCGGCUUGGUGCUUGAGAUCAUUGGAUAUGCUGGACGCAUUCAGAUGCACUUCAAUCCGUUCCGAUUCGACCCAUUCCUUGAAUAUUUGAUUUGUCUUACCAUUGGGCCGGCCUUCAUCAGUGCCUCGAUCUAUAUUUGUCUCGGGCGGAUUGUGGUGAUCUACGGAGAGAGCAUCUCGCGCCUUCGUCCCCGGACUUACACAAUCGUCUUCAUUCUCUGUGAUCUGAUCUCUCUGCUCCUUCAGGCCGCAGGAGGGGCCAUUACCUCCAUCGCUGAUUCCGAUCAGUAUGAUCUAGCUCAGGCUGGAAUCAACAUCAUGAUCGCCGGUCUAGCGAGCCAAGUUGCUUCUCUCGCGAUCUUUAUGGCCCUAUGUCUGGAUUUUGCCUGGCAAGUCCGCAAGAAUCAGCACGAGCUCAGCCCAGAGCCACGGAUGAUUGAGCUUCGCAAUAGUGUGAGGUGGAAGGCGUUCAUUGCUGGUCUGGCUUUGGCAACAAUUACCAUCUUUGUCCGUUCGGUAUUCCGAGUUGCAGAGCUAAAGAGUGGCUUCCACGGCUCCUUGGCAAACAACGAGGUUCUGUUCAUGAUUCUAGAGGGAGCUAUGCUUGUGAUCGCGAUUCUGUGUUUGACGGUCCUGCACCCGGGCGUGUGUUUCAAUGGUCAAUGGGAUAGCACCAAGUGGUCCUUUCGCAAAUCGCGAGACAGCGAAAUGAAUCUGAUAUCUGUGGAUCCUGGACAGAAGAUGUCGAGGCUGAGUGAUUCUGCUUUGAGCUGA